UAACGACACCCGCGAGCGGGCAAUUACUACACCAGUCAAGCGCAUAUAUCCAUGGCUUUUGGUGCACCUGGAGGACGAGGCGGAUUCGGAGGAAGAGGACGAGGAGGUGAUCGUGGUGGAGGCGGUCGUGGCGGAGGACGUGGACGAGGAGGUGGUGUUCGUGGAGGCGGUGUUCAGAGCCGAGGCGGACGAGGAGGAGGAAGAGGCGGUGACCGUGGACGAGGAGGUAGAGGCGCUCCACGAGGCCGGGGCGGUCGUGGUGGAGGACGAGGUGGCGCCAAGGGAGGUUCCAACACCGUCCUCGAGCCACACAGACACCCUGGCGUCUUCAUCGCCAAAGGCAAGGAGCAUCUCCUCGUCACGAAAAACCUCGUCCCAGGGGAAUCUGUGUACGGAGAGAAACGUAUAUCUAUUGAGGGUGGUGUCGAUGGUACCAAGGUCGAGUACAGGGUGUGGAAUCCUUUCCGGAGUAAAUUGGCUGCUGGGGUGUUGGGUGGUCUGGAUGAUAUUUUCAUUGCGCCUGGGAAAAAGGUGUUGUAUCUCGGUGCUGCGAGUGGAACGAGUGUGAGCCAUGUCGCUGAUAUCGUUGGACCGGAAGGCGUUGUAUAUGCGGUCGAAUUCUCAUUACGAUCCGGUCGUGACCUCAUCGGUAUGGCUAAGAAGCGAACAAAUGUUAUCCCUAUCGUCGAAGAUGCCCGUAAGCCACAAAAAUACCGGAUGCUGCUAUCGCAAGUCGACGUCAUCUUCGCUGAUGUUGCGCAGCCCGACCAGGCUCGUAUCGUCGUCCUGAACGCGGAAUAUUUCCUCAAAGUCGGUGGACAUGUGGUUAUAUCGAUAAAGGCCAGCUGCAUCGACUCAACAAUGUCACCCGAUGCCGUCUUUGCAUCAGAAGUUGCAACGUUGCAAAAGGAGCAUUUCAAGGCUCUUGAGCAGGUUCCUCUGGAGCCUUAUGAGCGAGAUCACGCUAUGGUAUCAGCUGUCUACCUGCGGCACGGUGUACCUAGCGUUUGAUUCAUCCUUUCGUUGCUACUGUUGCAGUCGUAUCCAGCGUCGGCUACUUGAGCAGUGUUGUCGUGGUUGGACGCAAUGGCAAGCACUUUUUUCAUAUACAAAAGUAUCUGGUGCAGGGUUCUGCCCUACAACAAUCAUUUUUUGCUGUCUGUUUAAUCUUAUGAAUGUAGAUUUGCUGUAUUUCAAUGGGUUUCUGAAACUUUGAGUGAGCU